GCCAGUGUGACGCGUUUCACCUGCGACUCUCACCGUGGCUUGUAUACAUGAUGUGAGACCCGCGGCAGGUUGAGAGGGUCAAACAACGAAAACGUCGAGUCUGAAAUAAAAGCUGCAUCGAUUGUCCAGCAGGUAGACUGGGUAGACUUUCUAUCAGACUAUAGUUAAUCUCACUCUGAAGUUUCAAUGAAGCAGCGAGGCAGAAGCUGUGGCACGGUGCUCACAGCUACAUACAGCUGUUGUGCCAGGAGCCGUGUUAGCUAAUCCAGCGACGGUCUUCAUCUGGAAACACGUGUCAAGAAGAAACCCCGCCGAGCUGUGGGACAUGUGUGGCCUGGAAGCCUGCAGGAAAACCAAUAAUCAGUCAGAUGUUUGGACUGCACAUUGUUCUACUGAGGAAGCCCCCAGAAGUGCAAGCAAAUCUCCCUGUAGCUGAGUAAGCUAUGAAAAUCAUGUCAAGGUGUGUGUGAGCCUACCAGACACAUCAGCAUCCUGCAUUAUUGUUCACUUUUCCAGUUGGAGUCUACACCGGCUCAGCUGGUAGCAGCUGACCUCAGGUAUCAAGGGAAAGUUCAAUCUGCACCAGUCGUUAGACGGUGGACAAUGGCCUGGAAAGUGUGCAUAAAGAAGACAAAAUAAAAUACAGAUACGGCACUGUCACAUAUGUGCUCUCUGACUCCCUUCCUGCAGAUGAAAGGAUUACCACACCUCCAUGCUCUCAUGUGACCCUCCAUUGCUCACUAAUCAGUCUCUACCAGAUGCAUCGAACACAGAGCCACCAGCGCAAAGCAAAGCACCUCAUGAGAAAAAAGGGAUUCAUGUCUUCAAUCAACGGCGUUUCUCAUCUCACCAGGCGAGCCAAGAGGCGCUUGUAUUGCAAAUUACAGCUUUGGAUGUGGAGGAAGCGGAGAGAGAAAUGCCGUUUUGGAAUACUGAGAGCAAAGAAACAAGCUUGUGGGAUCAGCUCCGGUUCGUGCCUCAGCGUGAAGACACACUCACAGAAAAAUAAAAGCAAAGUUGUGUCACCUCUUGUUGGAUGUGAUGCUGGAGGUUCAGAGGACAGAGGAAGGAAGAAUUGCUUGCUGAAGCUGUGUGAAUCUGUCAGUAUGUCAAAAACGUUCAUUGCUUCCAGCUCCUUGCAGAACCUGGUUACGGACACGAAUGUUUUUGCAGGUAAUGCCACCGUGCCAACAGCCACGGUGCCAUCUCAAAAAACAGAAACUUUGGUACAGCUUAGUGACGUUACCGACCCGGUAAAACAUUCUCACACUGUCAACCCCGCGUUGAGUAUAGAUGCCGAUGCACGUGGGUUAACGACACAUUUUAAAGAACCGAGGACAUCAGUACUAGCUCAAAGGCUUGCAAUUGACGACCCAUCAGGACAGUUGACUUCUGUCCCUCAGGACCAGGCUGCAAAUAAAGAUGAUGAAAGCAUCACGAGUAAAAUGAAGACAGCGUCAUCUUCAGCUUCUCAAACUGAUGCCAGUGUCAAAGUACUGACAAAGGACAUCCACGAGUUUCUCAAUGACUUCUACAAAAUAUAUGGAAGUUUCAUCCCUCUACAAAAGAGCGACGUGUUGAGGCACCUGAAGAGGAGGUUUAACACUGAUUUCAGUGACAGGAAGAACGUCAUUUUCACAGAAGUUACCAAAUGCCGCACUGCGAUCAUUCAGAGGUCUGUUCCCUCCUUCCGGGUGGUCUACAAGAAACACACACUGACACUGGAUGACUUGUCUACACUGGCAGAUCAGAACUGGCUCAAUGACCAGGUCAUGAACAUGUAUGGAGAAUUGAUAAUGGAAUCUGCCCUUCACAAGGUCCAUUUUCUCAACAGCUUCUUCCACAGGCAGCUCAUGACUAAAGGAUAUGAUGGUGUUAAGAGAUGGACAAAGCAGGUGGAUUUGUUCUCUAAGGGUUUGCUUUUGGUUCCCAUCCACCUGGAAGUUCACUGGUGUCUGGUGACAGCCGACGUUGUCAAAAAGAAAAUCUGCCUUUACGACUCUCAAGGAAACGCACUCCUGAAGGUUGCAAGGAACAUCCUGAAAUACUUGAUGACAGAAGCAAAGGAGAAGAAGCAAACUGCUUUUGAAAGUGGUUGGGCCCUGUCGUUUGACGAGAAAAGUCCACAACAGACCAACGAAAAUGACUGUGGGGUGUUUGUCCUGGAGUAUUCUAGAUGCCUUGCUCUGGAAAAGCCUCUGCAGUUUUCACAGAAGGACAUACCAAAGAUACGCAAGAGGAUCUACAAAGAGCUCUGUGACUGUAAGCUCCAUGAACAGGGCUGACGAGUAUCUUAGACUUGUAUAAUGAAUUGCUAAGAAUAUGUGCUGCUUUUGAUUAGGGUAGGAAAUCAGCAGUCCACACUGUGUGUCUGUGUAGGGGUUCAUUAGCAGCUUUGUAUCAGCCUUACAGCACUGUGAGGGCAUUUUGACUGACCCCAGUAGGAGUCAGCUAGUAGGAGUCAGUCUUCUAUCAGGUGCACUGUUCAUACUAAAUUAUAAUCCUUAUAUAAUUACUGCAUUUAUAUGACCAAUAUCUAAACAGGCAUGUUAUUUAAGCAAAAGGUAGACCUUGUUGUGGAGUUUACACAUCCAUGGUGCACCAGUAGAGCCUUACUAAAUGGACUACCUGUUGAAAUGGAUCUGAUCUGUCAUGGUCCACGUCUGGGUUUAGGUGUUAUUUUCUGUUUAAAAUAAUCUGUACACCUCAUUUUGCACAUUUUAUAAGUGUAAUUUUGCAUCGUUUGAUUUGUUUGCAUCAUAGUUUACCUGUAGGCACUGGGUUAGAAGCUAAGUGUAUUUUCUUUGUAAAGAGUUGUAUUGAAGUUGUGUGAUCAU